UCCCCGUCUGCAGUGGAGAACAUGCAAAUCACCCUUGCCUGUCAAGUCACUCAAAAAAAAUGCUCUUAUUGUUGCUGUUCAGUAAGCCUCAUUUUGUCAUAUGAUCCAGCCUACACAAACAAUGGACAUAAAGGUCAUUUCAGCCACGACCACGUUGUUUGUUGUCUCCAGAUGGGCAAGUCUUCCUCAAUUUGUGGUUCAUUCCUCACCCUUUUGAGGUGCUGAUUAUGUUUAAAAUGCUGCCAGAAAAGAAACUGAACUUCAAGAGCUACAAAAAAUGAUUGACAGCCUUCAGAACCCCUUGGAUCCUAACAAAGUAGCCCAACUGCUAAUCAUUCAAAGAGAAGUUACGUUUCUACAGUUUGAUGCAGCAGUGAGACAUUUAUUACGCACUGACACCCUGUACCCUGCCAUGAGAGCUAUCACCAGGCACAGGGGCACAGAAGAUGAGUUUGAAGGACUUGUAACAAGCUCUCAGUCUGUACUUCCCCCCAAAGGAGCAUCAGAAAUGGAAAUCAACACGCUUCAGCUUCAAAAACUAUUGGAAAGUCUGGAAAUACACAUGAUCCAUGAUGUGCAAAAGAAAAUUACCCUGGAAAUGAGUCUAGUUACAUCUGAAAGAGCAAGAGCAGGAACCAGCCUACCAACAGAGCUCUGGAAGCAUCGUGUUAUGCAAGAAAGAUUCUCAGUUGUAAGACCACAAGUAGUCGAAACAUUUGUUCAGAAACUAAUGGAAAAUUACCAAGAAUCUGAUGUAGAGAUUACGUUUAAAAAAAGCCAUUUACAAAAAUGCCUCACUGCACUGGGCUGUGACAUUAUGGCCAGAGAGCGCAGCAACUUUGAGACUUACUCUAUGUUUUAUGAAAAUCUACUCCAGCAGGAACAUCAGCUACUCUAUCAAAAAGAACAGGAACUGCAUGUAGUAGAAGAAGGUGGAAGGCAAAAUGAUGUAAACCUUAGUCAGGUUGGUUGUGGGGAUUUGUGCUCCAGUUGCUUUUUAGAGUUCUCACUCAUGAUUGGAGCCAUCUUGUACAGGGCAUUGUAUAAACACAUAAAGACCAUCACUGACCAAAAGAGCCUACUUAUUACUUUAUUUGUCAUAUUUACGGGUGUGAUAGCAGAGCUGAGUCAUGAGAUGAUUAUGGAAAUAACUGCUCUCAGAGCCAGGCUCACUAAUGUAGAAAAAGAAAAUAUCUGCCUCAAAGAGGGAAUAAGGAAAGAAGUACAAGAUGAAUAUGAAACAUUAGUACAGAAUCUAUUUGUGACCUGCUUGAAUCUCAAAGGGAAGUUAGAUGGCUAUCGCCUUAAUAUGAGCCAACAAGUGUUUCAAAUCAUCAAUGAAGUGAAAAAAGAAGGCAUUGACAAAAUGAUUAAUUUGAAAAAAAAAUCUGGUUCCACCAAAGGUGAUGAUGAAUUGAAAGAACAUUUGUCUAAAGUAGGGCAGAGGGUAUAUUUUUUUGUUUCUUUCUUUGUUUUUAAGUGUUUGGGAUUGUAUGGUUCAACCAAAUUACUGGAUCUAAAAGUUACUGAAUUUUGUGGUGGGUUUGACUCUGAACUUGGCAAUUGUCUUGUGCGUUUACAAGACCAGCUGCAGGCCUUGCAGGAUGAAAAUGGCAGGCUUGGGGAGCUGGUGUAUAAGCUGAAAGCCCUGAGCUGCUGGAGGCAGACUCUUCUGAAAGCACAGCUCCAUGGAAAGCUGAGGAAUGCAGAGAAGAAACACUUGCUAUGGGAGGUAGAAUGUAGGCUGACUCAAGAAGCCCGGAGCAGACAACAGCUAGAUGUGAUCAAGGCAGCGAACAUUGAGAAGAUGAUGGAAAACAUGGGGCAGAAAGAACAGAGGCUGCGAUGUCUGACUGAAGAUGCAGAGAAAUCUUCUAAAAUAGUGCAGCUUCAGCAAAAAAGGAUCAAAAAAGAAAUGCGUCAGAUAAAAAGCCAACUGAUCCAAGAACGUAGAUUAAAACUGGAUGCCUUCCAGCGGGUGGAUGAACUUCAGUGUCAGAUUUAUGAUUUGGAAGCUGUAACAUCCCAGAGAAACUCGUCCACAGGUGCAGUGAAUGCGAUAAGCAAAGAAAGAGAGUGAGUUUGAGGAGUCCUCUCCUAGGAGAGUUUGUCUUAUUUUUAUAGUUUCAUUCCUUCUCUUGAAAACAUUUCCAGCUAAGACAGAGAGUCUAUGUAAAAGGAUGUUUCCUGCUCGGUUUUCUUGCUGUAUGUUGGGUAGCUGCAGGAUUGAUUUACAUCUUAUUGUGUGUUUUCCCUUUCUAAUAUAUUGUUUUGAUGCAUUUAAUCUGUGUUUCCACUGAAAGAUUAAGGGGAAUUAAGGAAGGUGAAGAUUUCUCUAGUCACUGACUUUCAGAAGAAGCAAAUCUAGUAUUUCAGAGCCAGCAGAAGAUUCCGAUCUGGCAGCAAGUUCAACUCUGCAAAUUCACUUCAGUAUAAAAUAUCCCAGAUACUUCCAUUAAUUGCUCACCCUUACAUCUUCUCAGAAUUCUAGGGAUGCCAUUAGAACUGCUGAGGCAUAGAAAGCAUUACACCUGUAGGUUGAUGGUAGUGACAAAAAAUUGCCAACGUCAAUGGAAGUUUUUUCAUUGUCCUAUGUGAGGAUAGGUGCUUGAGUCACAAGUUCCUAUCGGACAGAUGUUGACUUCAUCAAAGUCACUACAACUGGCAUUGCUAUCAAGGUAUUCUUCAAUAGAGAGGACAAAAGCUGAAUGGGCCAUCAUGGAGCCUUGGCUCGUCAUGGUGGCCCCUCUACAUCAGGACAGAAAUCUGAUAGAAAGGCAGUGUGGGGAAGUUUGUGCUGUUGCUGCCCAUACUGCAUCUGUUCUGUGGGUAAAUAAAAGCCCUCCAUUUCCAGCAGUGUUAGUCAAGCGCCUUUCAGAAACACUUAAAUAUAUAAGCACUGUUAACAAGAAUAUUGAGCUGCCUUUCCAGGGUUAGCAGAGAUGAGAAACAUAGUGUAAAAACCAAAUGGCAAGUAAGUAUGGGUAAAUUCUGAACCAAUCAGAGCUAGCUCUAUCAAGGCAACUCAAACACAUUGGAUGGAAAUAAGUGAAGAUCAGCUUGGACACUUCAAAGUAUUUGGCCUGCAGGGGGGUGGCCAUUAUUCAACAUGCUGCAUAGCUGGAGAAGAACUUGUCUGGAAAGCAUGGAAAAGCCUUUAUUUAAAAUGUAGCCUGCUUCAAAAUACAGACAUUCUGAAGAUUGCUAAUCCCCAAAUACUAAAAGGACAUGCUGUUUUCUACCUUUUUCUUGAUGAUUAUGGUGUUAAUUGUGUAACUGUAAUAUGGAUGUUGUAAUUGAUUUCUUUAAAAAGGUAUGAAGAAGUCCACUAAUCUGAUGUCUUGUAGUGCGAGCAGCACAAGAAGUCCUUUGUCAGGUAAUAAACCAAUACAGAAUAACUAACAGUUCUCACAUCUUAGCAGUAACACACU